AUGGCAUCGAAAUCAAAGAUCAUCUUCCUCUUGGUUACAAUUUUCUGCCUAAUUUCUCAGGUUUUAGCAGGCGCCGAUUUGGUUGCAUACUGUGAUUACAUUCCAUCAGGAUCUCAAACACCAACUGGACGUAUUACGUUUUCACGAAUGACGGAUCAAAGUGUCGUAAUCACUGGUCAAGCUAAUACUGGGUUCAAACCCGAUUCUAAAUGGACAGACUAUAACUGGUAUAUCUUCAACGCAGGGACCCCAUGGAAGUGGUACCAAUUCCAACCUCAAUUCACGGUCGCGAACGGUGGCACUAGUGCGUUUCAGCAGACAGUUUGGAAUUUGAAGUUGGCCGAUUUUACCGACGUCCAGUCUUACAUCAACAUCUGGGGUCCAAGCUUUUCUUUCGUCGCACCAAAAAAUAGAACGAAUCCAAUUACCACUGUCAACCACACUUCUCCUCGCACCCUCACUCUCGCACCCUCGCUGUUUGGUACAAACGAUGGAGCCGGUUUUGUUCCCGUUACGACUGUAAGAACUGUUGAUGUUCUUGGAGUUACUUCUAUCGUUGGUGGCGGUGUAGUUCCUGCUCCUGCCGAUGAUGGUGUUGUCGUUGGUGUUUCUGGUUUAGGUUGUGCUUUUGAUGGCCCUGAGUCUGUUGUAGCCGGAGUUACUAGUGUUGGAGUAUUUUUAGGAGGAGCUGGAGUUGGAGGUUUAUCAGUAGCCGGAGUUGGCGAAUUAUCAGGAGUAGCAGGAGUUGGGGGGUUAUUAGGAAUAGUGGAAGUUGAAGGAUUAUCAGGAGUAGUCGGGGUUGGAGGAUUACUAGUAGUUGAAGGAUUAUCAGGAGCAGCGGAAGGUUUAUCAGUAGCUGCGGGUGCGGGAUUAUCAGUAGCCGGAGUUGUAGAAUUAUCAGUAACCGAGGUUGUAGAAGCAGAUACUAAUGCUGGUGCUGUGGAUGAUGGUGUGGUUGACGAUGUGGACGAUGGUACAAAUACUCGUUUGGACGAUGAACUAAUUAGAUUGUCGAAAGAAUCGUUGUUAUUAUUUACGUCAACUUGCAAUGCUAUAUUGAUGUGUAUCGAUGAAUCUGUCUCAUACUUACAUAUGCCUUUGAUGCAAACCUGGGGCAGGCAACGAUGA